AAACCGGAUGUUGUAGGGGGGUGUCACAACUCGUCUUCCGGAUUAUAUCCUGUUUUGAGUAAAGCAGCGUAUUCAGGCUGAAAUGGUGAUUUUAGGUGAGUGAUAAUAGUGUGAUUUCUUUUUCAGGUUCAUACGCCAGAGCAGAACCAGCCUGUUAAAUUAUUGUCUGCGACACAUGUUGGCAUGGACAACCGUUGUUAUGGUUGUACCUCGAAGUUCAGUCUCUUCAAGAAGGAGGUAAGGCUGGCUCAUAGUUAUAAGACUAAUAACAACACAUCGUACUCACACAUAUUUAACAUCUACAGUGUUAUUUACAGUGUUAUUUACAUUGUGGUGUUCUUCUAGCUGGGCUGUAAGAGCUGUGGCCGCGCCUACUGCUCCAGCUGUCUGACUUUCAGUGCUGUGGUGCCUCGCUGUGGAAACACCCAGCAGAAGGUCUGCAAACAGUGCUAUGGUAAUCUGACCAGGUAAAGGUCAAACUCUGCUAUCAAAUCUGAAAGUAUCUCACAGUAAGCAUGAUCAUUUGUGACGUUAAAAGCUGGAUGGCUCUCAAUUUUCUGAAAUUAAAUGAGAGUAAGGCUGAAGUAAUUGUCUUUGGACCACAUGGCAGCUGCCCCAGAGCAGAUCUGUCCCCCUAACCUUUGAGCCCUUUCUUAAAGACUCUGUAAAAAAUCUGGUAGUUAUAAUGGAUAGAGAUUUUAAAAUGGAUCUACAGAUAAACACAGUUGUCCUUUCUUAAACAAGGUCAAGUCAUUUUUUAUCUUUUAGUGAUUUUGAGAAGGUUAUGUGUGCCUUUAUCAUAACUCAUCUUGAUUAUUGUAAUGCACUUUAUUUUGGUGCCAGCCCAACCUCUCUUGAUCGUUUACAGCUUGAUCAAAACGCUGCAGCUCGUGUUUUAUCUCGCCGCUGUAAAUAUGAACACAUUUCCCCUGUUUUAGCCUCUCUUCACUGGCUUCCUGUGCAUUUUAGGAUUGAUUUUAAAAUUUUAUUAUUAACUUAUAAAUCUUUGAAUGGGCUUGCUCCUUUUUUAUCUCUCUGACCUUUUAAAACCCCAUAUUUCAUCUCGGACUCUCAGAUCCUCUGACCAGUGCCUUUUGACUGUCCCUAGGUCAGGAUUAAAGUUCAGGGGUGACUGGCCUUUUUUUCAUUGCAAGCUCUGGAAUGCUCUUCCUCUUCAUGUCAGACUGUCCCCCUCAUUGCCUGUUUUUAAAUCAAAUUUGAAAAUGCACUUUUACUCCCUGGCUUUUAACUCCUUAGAACUUGGCAUUUUAAUCAUGUUUUUACUGAACCACCUAUGUCCCCCUGUUUUUAAUGUGGUCCUGUGUCUUUGUUUUAUUGUCUGUUUUUAUUGUUUUUAAUUUUUACUGUACAGCACUUUGGUCAGCGCUUUGUUGUUUUUAAAUGUGCUUUAUAAAUAAACCUGGAUUGGAUUGGAUAUUCUGAUCAUUUUUUGUUUACUGAAAUUUAGCGGACCGUCCCCAAACAAUGCUGGGAAAUGGUCACCCCCUGAGAAUUACAAAAAGUGAGUACACUAUGAAGCAAGAAGAAAAUAGUAAACAUACCUUUUUGACACAGCUGCGUGGGAAUAAAUAAAAGUAAUAUUUUUACAUAGGCGAGUGGCCGCACUGGAGGCCAAGCAGGGUGGACAGCCCACACAGCCUCUUGCACUUAAAGGCAACAGAAACGGCAAAGAGCUCAUACCAACCAGAGGCCUGAGUAAAGAAGAUCAGGCUAUUGCUGAAAGACUUCAAAAGCUGAAAGAAGAUACCAAGCCAAGUAAUGCACUUAGAAAUUUAACCAUUGCAUUUCAUCUUUUAGUUACAGUGUCAAAUUUUUGUUUUUUGUCAUCACAAAACUUUAAUGAACUGUAAUAUUUUUACCUCAUCACACAGAGUCUGUCCCUUCUGAUAAAGAGCUUGAAUCUCGCCUUGCUGCUUUGAAAGCUCCCAGCGAGCCUGUGCCUACUCUGGGAGAGAUGGAGGACCGCCUGGCUGCUCUGCGGGGUCAGUCUCCGCCAUCCAAAGCUCCUCCACCAGUAAGAUAAAAAUUCUCCUUAAUUCCUUGUAACAUAUUUCUUUUUUAUUUUAGAAACUUGCAAUGAUUGAUGACGAGUAUGAAUGCUUCUGUUCUCAAGGUGCACAAGCCUCCAGAUAACAGGACUCAGACUGAGCAAGCUAAUGACCUGAUUACUCAGAUGACAGCGGAAGUGGCCAUUGACAAUGAGCAAUCAAAUCCUGAAUGCAGUAAGAUGUUACUGCCCUCACUGGUUCACCUCAUAUUGAAUCAAUAAAAAUGCCAUAGCAGAGUUUUAGUCAGGCAUAACAUUUGUCAGGUGAGACAAAUCAAUCAAACCUAUCUCUCAUCUUAAUGUACUUAUACCUGUUCAUUGUUUUACAGGCGUAGAUGACCGUAUGAAUGAUCUUAACAAAGGAGAGGGGGGAACGUUGACUGAAAAUCUGGAGGAGAAUGAAGACGCAGGCAAGCAGCUCGAGGCAGAGAAGUCCCGUUUACUGGAGGAGGCUAUGGAAGAGUUGAGAAGGGAAAGCCAUUCCCAGGAUCAGAUCCUGGACAUGGCCAAGAGGCUUGCACAGCUCAAGGGGCAAGACCCAGACAAAGGUACACAGAAUUUUGAGCUUUACUUUCUUCACCUUAUCUUUUUUCUUAAGUUUCAAGCAGUAUUGUCAGAAAGUAGAAGAAGAGCUCUUGGUUCUAUCCCUGUUGUAUUUUUAAUGUCAUGUGUAGUUACCAAGGAGGACUUUCAGCAUCCCGACAGUGAGGAAGAGACCGAGGAAGAGGCUGUGAGGAGAGUGUUAAAACAGGUUUGUGCUGUAUCACAAUAUAUUUUAAUUACCAAACCUAUUUCAAGAUUACAUUAUUACCACUGAGUGCAUAUGUUAUUGUCUAAGAUGGCUGGGAAGUCCAGAACCUGUUCAGGAGGCCACAAGGGGCUGCUGUUAUACCAUUUUAAUAAUUUGUGAUAUAGAUAGACGCUGAAAACUUAUGUUACGAACUUGUUUCAGCUCUCUGAAGAGGCUGCAUUGGAUGAGGCCAGUGGCUACAACAUUCCUUUGGAGCAUAGUGGACCAAGGAACACAGAAAAGAAGAAAACCUUGAAAAAAGCAGUAUGGAAAAACAUCCGUAGUACAAUAAGAUUAAUUUUGAAACCUUAAGUAUGAAUGGUAUUUGAUCUUAUGUUGAUAUGAUGUGUUUCAAGACCCGUGCAUCGGCAUCCACGAGUCGAGUUUCACCAGCUGCUGUUGCACAUUCGCCAUCAGACAGUGACGACGAAGAGCUUCCCUGGUGCUGUAUCUGUAACUUAGACGCAACCCUUCGCUGUCACACCUGUGAGGGUGACCUGUACUGCAAUCGCUGCUUCAGGUGAGGGAGUAUCUAUUUAUUAACAGAAAUGCUUCAUAUUUAUAGCUCCAUGAGAGAGAUCUUUGCACUAGUGCCAAAGUAGCAUGGCUGUGAUUUGGAAUGCAUACCAUGACCCAGAAAGAUUCAGGCAAGUGGCUGCCAUACCAUUAAGCAGCAUGAAUAUAAAGUAUUUAGAGUGAUGAAUUAUCAAUCUGUUCUCCAUUAUCCCACCCCCAGGGAAGGCCAUGAUAAAUAUGACAGGAUGGAGCAUCACACCAGCAGCUACACUGCACCAAAGAAGAAGAAAAAGAAGAAGAAGACAUGAUAGAGAGACUGUGCUGAAGGUGUUUGCCUUAUCUAGCUUUGGACAGGUAGAACUGCUAGAACUGUGCUUUAGACUUAAGUGACCUAUCAGUAAAUAAAUCAAGUAUCAGAAAAUUAAAAUAUUACCUGUCAUUAAGGCAAAACAUUUGCUUGACAUUUUUGCCCCUAAUUAUUUAACCCUAUCAGACCAAAGGGGCUUUGAAUAUGCGUCUUUGCUGACCGCAGGAAAAGCAGCUUCUCCUCUUUGGGUUUACCGACAAAAGAAAAAAACCCCAACAGAGUCACAUUUAUUGCAUAAAAACUGGAGGUUAAUACAACUUAAAUAUAAGGGCAAUGGCUGUAUACAAUCCUUAAAAACAUACCUGUAGCUGCCAUUUUUCUGAAAUGUAUAAAAGUAAGAAAGUCUUGCAGAGGCUGCUAUGUAGUGUUAGUAUUCAACGAACAACACAGUAAAAGUGAGAAGUUUUUUAAUGUCACUUGUCCUACUUACCAGAGGCAACAAAGGCUCAUCUCGCAUCACAUUGCAUUUGUCACCAUUUGAAUUAAAAAAGAAAAAUCUUGACAAGGCAUACUGAAAGCGGGCACAUCAUGUCCUCAUCUGGGAUGAUGUAGGAUCCCAGACUACUGUCAGCUCUGCACUGAAGGAGCACAGAGGAGUCUGUAUAAAAGGAUUACUGAGGGCUUUGUUUUCUUUUGGCAGCCUCUGCAGUCACUCUUGUAAUCUAUGUUUGGCUGAGAGUCUGACAUGAGUAUUGCCUUUCUUGUCCUUGUGUGUAAUUUCAUUAUUAAGGAUGCAGAGGUGUUAGGUGCUGUGUCACGUCUCUGAGGGAUUGCUGCAUUUCUUAGCAGUUAUAUUUUUAUAACUCGUGUCUUUUUUUUUCUUCCUCUGUGUGGGCGACAGCUGGGGCUGGAACUGUUAGGUUUUAGUCAUUGGGCCUUUUUUAUACGCUUCUGUCACAUUCUUGUGAACACUACACUUCAGGAAUGCCUGAAGAGAUUUUCCUUAAUUUUGACCCUGAACUCAAAGAUGAACCAACUCAAAGGUUAAAGGUCAUUGUGACCUGCUUUAGCUAUUAAUAAGAAAUUGAUUUGCUUGUUUAACAUGAAUUUCUACAAAUGGUGGUAGUAAUUGGACAAACUGAUGACGUGAUGACAAAGGCUUGACGCAGUGGUAACAGGUUCGAUUACACGCCACAGCCCACUGGGCUACCAGUGCAAAAGAGGUGAACUUUACAGUGGAAUCAUGAUGCUCAGGAAUUAGACUUUUCUGUCCAUCUCAGCUGCUUUAAUCUUGUACUGUACUUUGAACCUGUAAGUGAAACACCUGACCCCUUUAAAUUUGGCAUAAACACCCACUUUAAUAAACAAGAUAUCUCAUUAAACCUUAGGAUUGAGUUAAUUACCUUUAUUUAUUUCUAAAAAAGAGAAAUGUCCAUAUUUCUAAGAAGUAUGUUCAUUUGUACUCUCAAUAUUUGAUGGGGGUGCCUUUUAGCUUAAACUGCUACAUAAUUUUUGCACGGUGUGGAAGAAUAGAUUAGCCUGUGGUUGAGGUCAGGCUAGUUGGCUGAUUACUAAGCACUGCAAAAUCAUGGCCAGCAAACUAUUUUUUUUAGUAGGUUGGUGCUGUGAGCAGGUGCUAAGUCCCCAAUAAAUGAGUCAGUAGAUUUUGACUUUGGACUUGAUAGAACACAGUAGACCAUAACCAGCAGAGGACAUGGCAUCCCAAAUCAUUACAGUGUUGUGGAAACUUCACACCGGACUUCACACAAUGAAUUCAGUUUCGUGUUUUAGAGUCCACGGCAUUUGAUUAGCAUGUGAAAUCCAAAAUUUUACUUUCAUAUGAAAUCAGACUCAACCAUGGAGCUAUUGUCAGUUUUUUGUUCCCUAAGCUUAAAGCUCUUGUCUCUUAGCUUAAGGCAGGAGUUGUCUCUGGUUCAGGAAUAGCUUGAUAUUAGGAAUGUGGCAGUUACCUGAAGACAUCUGUGUGUAGUGGCUCUUGAUGUGCUGGAGCAAGCCUCAGGUCACCUUAUGUGAAUCUCUGCUAAGUUCUAAAAUUAACUUUUUUUCCUGAUCUGAAAAACUGUGGUCAUACUCAUACACCAUUUUUCCUCAUUUCUGUUCCGGUAAACUUUCUAUCGAUAUCCUUCCAUUCAUCCCUCUGACCUUCUGUUGCUUGUGGACGACUGUCAGGUCUGCAGUCCUCCCCAUGAUUGUGUGUUUUUCUGAAUUUGACCAAGAGAUACAUGGUGUACAUUCUGUAUGAAAAGUGAGCCCCUCGAACUUGAUAUGAGGCAUUCCUGUAAUUUUUAAUAAAUAUUUUUAUGAACUGUAGACCAGAACUAUCAAAAUUAAAAUUAGAAAAUACAUGAACUAUUUGAACCUAACUGUAAGAAGUCUACAAUAUAUGUUACAUCUUAGUCCAAUCAUGUGUUAGAUUGAUAAAUUUAUAAACUUCAUUUACAGCAGUUAAACAAGAUGGAAAUAGAUCAACAGCUGAAUUAAGAGAAACAAAAUAAUAUAAGUAAAUCUGAAUCAACAGCUUUUUUUUUUAACACAAAGUAAACGGUACACGUUAGAAGCCGAGAAAGAUGAAUUUCAAACUUGUUUCUUCUUCCUCUUUCAACAACUUAAACUAAAACCCAAAACACACAGAAACACUGAUGGUGGUAGACUGUAGCUCUACUUGUUAGCAGAGUCAUACUUACAUGAGAUAACUUUAGUUCUUGAUCACUGAUGUCAUCAUAUUGCCAGUAGACAUUAUCAGAAUUGUAGUCUUGCAGUGCGAAGGGCCUCAGUGUUAUAAGGGCAGGAUUAUAAGUGAGGGCAAAACAUGUAGAGGACUAUAAUGGAGCCCUCAGCUGAGAGACCCUCUGUGUACGGCAGAGAGUAUGCGGGAGUGCUGUUUCAUCAGCGUGCAUUACUGUCAAGCUAAAGGAGGGGAAACCAUAAUUACACUCUCCUCUGGGGGGCUUUGCUCCAUUAAGGUUUGCAUGGAGGCUGUUACUGUGUUUGCCUUUUCUGGCCAUGUCAGACUCACCACAGACAGGAAAUGGAUGUGGGUAAUGGAUGCAUGCUUAAUGGACCCUUCCUGCUGCUGAUUUCACUGUGUUUACUCCUAGAGCUGACAUGUCAACAUCUCUUUUGUUUCCAUCAGUCUGCUGAAAAAUUUACACCAGUAAAACAAAAGCUUGAGUUCUGGGAACGAUCCACUGAGAGUCAUGCUACUGUAAAGCCUUACGCUUGUCUCUGGACAGUAGGACAUUAUUCUUUAAAGGCAGUGAGUGUUUUUACAGCAGUUUUCAAGUUUGAGUGUGGUAACAGGAUAGUUUAAUUGGUACUGUAAAUUGAUUAGCACAAUGGACCUGUCGAUAUUUAUUUGUGUCUGUUGAAUUAGUAAUAUCUGAUGACACAGUGAUGUUGGUCAACUGCUUUGUCUGAAAUAACAUGAACCCUUUCCCAUAAACCAUCUACAGCCUUGUCUUGAAAAUGUUCUAUUUUAUUUCAACAUACAACACUGUUAUCAGAACAAAAAUGUAUGUACAUAAACAGGCAACUGAAAAUGUGCAGUUCUACACAAAAAAAAACAGUCCAUCUGAGUCAUAGUCAGAACAGCUUUUAUCACAUGUGCAUUAUUGGGAUAUUUAUGGGUGACAAAUGUAAUAGCAGUCCAUAAAUUAAAUAUUAAUAAUAAUAAAAAAAAUCCAUUGAAAACCCGACUGCUCUGGAGUUAGGCUGAUGCUGAGCCAGGAGGGGACGCAGAAAGAGUCCCACGGACAUAUGAAGCGCACAAACAGGCAUCCAAACAAUUAAUGCAUGGGCUGUGGGAAGAUAGGAGGCUCCACAUUGUCUCAAUUCUUUAUUUGACCUAUAAUUAUUUCUUCAAGGGACCGGACAUUUUGCGUAGACCCUUUAUUCUGUAGAGCAGUCCGUUGAUAAAAUCCUAAAGGGAGGAUGGAGAAAAUUGAUUUGAUUGAUUUUUCUGCAUGCAGCCUUCGCAGACAACACAACAGCAACAGUAAGUAACUUUAACCUCCUAAGACCCGAACUCUUGCAAGGCAUGCAUUUUUAUUUUCUCUUUAAUAUUUAGGCUAAUUGGGACCUGAUGAGUGUAAAAACGAAGAAUGAUCUUUUUACAUGAUGUAGUUUCUGAGAAAAAUGAUGUCCACAUCUGAGGACAUUCGUUUUAAAUUUUGAGAGAAGGCCCUUGUGAACAAAAUUUAAUAUUGUGGUCUUGACAACCAAAAAUGUGAUGUCCAAACAUGUGGACGCCAGGUCUUAGGAGGUUAAAAAUUUAACUCUAUGUGAUUUUUUGUGUUGCAAAGAGAUUGUUUUUCUUACCUCUUUUGGCUUCCCGCAUUCCUGCAACAACUCCUAACAACCAAAACAAACACAAAUAAGCUCUAAAACAACAUUGGACAUUGCUUUUGAAUGGCAAACAUUUCAACACUGGAUCCCAGCCAGGGUCAAGUGCUUGUUGAGCUAUUAACUCACAGUGCAAACACUUGAGUAUGUAACCAGGUGUCAGGAGGGGAAAAAAUGUGUCAAAAGGGUCAAAUUCUUUCAAAGUUUGGUUGAUCUUUCAUUUAAGAGCUGCAGUUUUGUGUAUCACUUCUUUAAAGCAACAACUAACCACAGUUGUAAAUAAUUGUUCGUGAAAUGUGACAUGUCACUUUGCACAAACUUACAUGCAGCCUGCUCCUCUGGCCCUCAUCUGUCAGCUCCAGGAGUUCAUCGAUGUCGAUCUCUAACUCAGGAAUCUCUUCCUCCUGCACAAGCCAAGAGGGGGUAAAAGUUAGAACCUGCAUUAUAAUAUAUUGUCAGCUCUUGUGCUUCUUCAUGCUCCAAAAGCCUGUGCAAACAUUGUACAUCAAGAGCUGCGUGCCAUCCUUUCACUCACUGUGGUGUGGGUGUCCACACCACUGAGCAGAGCCAUUCAGAAGAAUAAGAGAGUGGAAGAUGUGACCCAGGAUGUGAUAGUGCAACAGUUGCAGGCGGUAAAGGCUUUUGAAUAGCUACAUUUUUAAGGGUUCACACUGCUAAUCCCAUGAGUGUCCCACUGUUGGUGGAGUGAAAAAAGUCUUUGGUGUAUUUUCAUGACAAGAAUUAAAUUUUUCUGAUCUUUUAUGGUUGCUCUCAUUGAUGAUAUAAUUGAUAUACUUAAUUUUACUUGGAUGAAAGCCAAAAAGCAUUGAGGCAUGAAUCCAGGAAGGCACAAUGAGGUCAAACUUGCCACAUGCCACCAUCAGAUUUCAUGGAUGAUUUCUCCUGCUAGUAUUUAGUUCAGCUUAUAGUGAGAUAUCAUUUACGGUUGUUAGGUUUUCUGAAGGAUGUAUUAGGCUCAGCAAUUUGGCUGCUCAUUAUACGUGUCUGAAUCCAAAUAAAAACAGGUCUCCCAAUCUUCCUGAGGAAAAUAAACCACCUUUCCCUUAGAGAUACGUAUUAAAUAAACAAUAUCUUGCAGCUAUGUAAAAGUUGUACACCAUAGCUAUGUAAAAAUAGUGGAAAAAUGAGUGCUCAGUCCUCAUCUAUGAAAAGCAAAAAUAGUACAGUAAUCAAUCAACAUCCCAAGCUUUUAUCCACCCUACAUUUUCAGAGCAGAUUAACUACCCGGACUGGAGGAACACUCGCGAACACUCAGAUAUCAAGCAUCAGCAGGUUUACACUUAUUUCUGACAAGUGGCGCCUCUUUUUAAGGAGAAUAUUUUCCGGUUGGGGAAUUUUCAUGGCUGCUGUGGAUGGGGGCUUGCUCUGCUUUCUGGAUGAGGGGAGAGCUAAUCAAUGUGGAAGUGCUGAGUGGCAGAAAAGAUGGGCCCACCUUCAGAGUCCCCCGUGCCCCCUCUAAUUGAUACUUGCUGCCAAUUUGGGCCUUGUGUGAUUCUGCUGAUGUGUGCAGGAGACACGCAGGGAUGAGUCCAUGUUACUCUGCUGUGCGAGGUUUGACCUACUUGCUCUAAGACUGCAGGCUUUUUUUUGUUAAGGGUUUGAUGCUUAAAUUCCUGAGUCAGAAUACUUUAAAGUGUUGCUGAUGUUCAUGAAAUAACGCAGAUUUCAUUUAACUAAUGCCUUUUUUUUAUUGCAGCUUUAUCUGUAUACUUCAAAUGCAGUUUGAAACAUGAUGACAGAAACAGUACCAGUCUAGAUCUGCUCCUUUUGUUAAGUGUCUUGAGAUAACAUCCACCUGUGCUCUUUGCUUAUUUGGUCAUUGCUGUCAAAUAAGAUGCAUCUUCUUCACCCUAUAUGAUAUGAUUCAGGAAUAAUAAUAAUAACUUUAUUUAUAUAGCACUUUUAAAAACAAGAGUUUACAAAGUGCUUUGACAUUUAGAGAAACAAAGCAGCAACAAGGGAAUACUCAAGGGGAGAGAAGCUGAACAGAUUAAAACCUAGAGACCAAGGGGAAUUAAUUUUUAAAAGGCAAGUAAAAAAGAAGGAAUAAGAAUGAAAAACUUAGGAAAGAUAAAAUUGCAAAUGAAAAGUAAAUGUAAGAUGAUGACAUCACAUAAAAGCAAGUCUAUGAAAAUAAGUUUUAAGAAGUGACUUAAAAGCAGUGACUGUUUCUGCAUGCCUUUUGUCCUCGGGGAGAUCAUUCCAAAGUCAGGGGUCCUGAUGGAAAAGGCCCUGUCACCUUUGGUUACAAAGUCUUGACCAGGAGGCCCCAACCUGACUGAUCCUCGAGGAUCUCAGGGUGCAGACUGGCACAAAGGGGGUUAAAAGUUCUGUUACAUAGAUUGGAGCCAGACCCAUUAAUGCUUUAAAAGCAGUGAUUAAUGAUUCGAAAACUACCUGGAAGCCAGUGUUGAGACACUAAAACCAGUUAGAAGUCUGGCUGCUGCAUUCUGAAUAAGUUGGAGGCGGGAAACAGAUUUCUGGUUAGUAUUGGAAUGAAAUGAGUUACAGUAAUUUUGGCGGGACAAAACGAGGGCAUGGAUUUUGAUUUGCAGAUGCUGCAUAGGUGGAAGAAGCAUGACUGUGUGAUUUUUUUGAUAUGAGUGGCAAAGGUGAGGUUAAAGUCAAACUGAACUCCAAGAUUUAUGGUUAAUGAUUUGAUAUUUGAUGAAAGUGAACCAAGGCUGUUAUUGAUUAUGGUUGAGGAAUUUUGGAAAUUGAAAAUGACAAUUUCAGAUAUGCAUUUGUUUAGCUAUAGAAAUUUCUGCGCUAUCAAACAGUUUACAUCAUUUAAACAGUCUGUAACAGCAGCUAGGCCUCUCUGGUCCCCAGGUCUAAGGUGCAGAUAUCUCUGUGUGUCAUCGACUGAAAGGAGACCUUAUGAUUCCAAAUUAUUUGACCAUAUGAAUAGAAAAUAAAAUUGGACCGAAAACCAAACCUUGUGGUACAUCACAGGUAAGUGUGGAAUUGGAGGAGGAGUGGUCACCAAUGGUGACCACAAAGGCUCGCUCUAAAAGAUAAGAAUAAAACUAGCUAAGUGCAGUAUCCCUGAUGCUCACCCAGUCUCUAAAACAUUCAUUUAAAAUGAUCAACAGUAUCAAACGCUGCACUGAGAUCUAAAAGAAUUAAAAUGGCUCCCUCCCCUCGAUCUGCUGCUAAAAACAAAUCAUAGGUCAGAGGGACCGUCUCAGUGCUGUAACCUACUCUUAAAAUCUAUAAUUAGGUUUAUUAGGUUAUUAUGAGUCAUAAAAGAUAAAGGCUGUGUAGAAACUACUCUCUCUCAAACCUUGGGUAUAAAAGAAAGUUUUGAAAUUGGUCUGAAAUUAUUAGAAUUAGAGGGGUCAAGGUUAGGUUUCUUUAAAAGAGGUUAGACCACAGUGUGUUUGAAAACAAAGGGAACUACACAUUCUGCCAAGAAACUAUUGAUUGGGGAUUUAAGAAAAAAAACUGGGCCCAACCAUGCUAAAACCUGCUUUGAGAAAUUUGGUGGGUAUAAAAUCAAGACUGCAAGUAGGUAUUUUCAUCUGGGCUAAAAUCUCAGAUAAAAGGACAAGGACAGACUUAAAACUACAAAAAUGAUUUAAAACAUCUCUACUUGUGUUUAAAAUUACAGGCUAGGGAGGUGAUUUUAUCCCUGAUUUCCUUGAUUUUGUUGAUAAAAUAAACUAAAAACUUCUUACAUAAAUCACAAAAAAACAUCUCUAAAAACAGGGAUUAGAAGGAUGAGCUAAAAUUAGUUAUAAUAAAAAGCUUCCCUUGCAUUUUUGACAGCCCUUUGGUAGUUUUUCAUUGCGCCUUAUCAGAUAUCUUUAAUAACUUUGGGUCUGAUAUGCUGCCACAAAUCAGUAGUUAGUUUCAGACUGUUUUUAGGAGUACUAAAUAAGGAUCAAUAAAACAUUCCUUGUAACUGUACAGAGCUUUAAUGGCCAUCUAUCUAUUUAAGAAUGAAUGUGAAAGUGAAACCUGCCUCACACUACAUUAAUCAUGAAUAUGAGUAGGGAUGUACUCUAAAAAUUCAGUCUGCGUUCAGCUGCAGAACCUUUUAGAGCAACCCUGAAUGUCAAUGAGAUGAGCAUACUUGGAAAAACACUCUGACCCUUCCACUGACUUUUCACUUUUUCAUUUUCUACACAGCCACAAUCUCCAGCUUGAUGAAAGUUGCCUUCAUUGUCGGAGCAGAAGAGCAUUUUAAUGAGGCCUCUGGGCUGAUGUGUCUCAGCAGCACUUUUUGAAGUUAAAAGCAACAGACUGAAGCUAAAAUGAAUGUUGGCACUAAUCACUGGAAUUCAUGAAUAGAGAAGUGGUUCUCAGAGGAUUGCAGUUUUAGACAGGGGGGUGCAGAUGCAACCUAAAUAAGCAGUUGGAUUUUGCCAAGAUAAGAUGACCUCACUGGAAUUAGAAAUUCAAAAUCACCAGCAUGGGCUGACCUCGUUUGUUCCAGUUUCAUAGAAAUUUCUUUCUGAUUUUGUAACAUGUUUUAUUUAUUACAUGCUUGAAAGUGGGCGUACUUCUUUUUUUCUCUGCUUGAGUUGAGUAAUUCGGUUUGACUUUUGUGUUUUCAUGAAAACCAACAAUUUCUGUAGGACAGUGAUUUUGAACUAGAAACAAGAUUGUCUUUAAAUUGUGUCCUUGAUCAUUAUAUUAAAAACCUGCUACUGCAGUUGUUUUCAAGUUAUAUUUUUGGACACAUUUUGGUAGCAAUGGCAAAGAAUGACAUGAAAUGUGGGGACACAAUUAAGAGUCCAGUGACCACUGCAACAAGGACUGUAGCCUCUGUGGCACAUGUUUAAAUAACUAUGCCAACCAGCCAACCACAAUUGACAACUACUAGGACCAAAUUUCUAGAGCAAAGCUCAGCAUGAAACUUUUUAUUGAGCUACCAUAAUAAUUAAUUAUAGAAUUUACCUUCAGGAUAUAAACCAAAACAGCAGAGACAAUCAGCUGGCAUAUAUUCAAUUACCUCCAUCAGGCCAAAUUUUCUAUUAAGUAUGUAGCAUAUUUAAACAGUUUGCCAGGAACAAUCCUUGAGUUUAUUAAACAAACCAAUGCUGCCCAUGAGAAUAACCCUGGUAAGUAUGUCACUUUUUCUGCAGCCUCAACAACUUACUAGAUUUCAAAAUAAGACACACAAAGGCCAUAAAAUGAAUCUGGCUUCAGAUAUUUAGCCUUGUAAUAAGGCUAAGCUAACCUUCUCUUUCUGUUUGCAGUAGCUUCAAAUUGAAGCUCCAGUAAGUAACUUUAUUUUUGUGUCACAACUGGUACCCCUGGUGAGCAAGGCUUUACUUUUCUUUACUUUUUUUCUGGUUCUGUCAUAAACAUGUGAAAGUAGUGUACAGGUAUACAGAUGUGUUUUCUUACAAAAAAAAUGUGUUGAGUCAUACCAAGAGCUGCCACAAUACAGUGGUAUGGACAACCGUUUAAAAAAAAAUGAAACUGCGCUAAAAGUUGAGCAAGCAGUAAAACUGUAACUUAGUUGUUUACAGCAGGGGCUACUACAGGUUUUUUUUUUUAAAUGAAGCGUGGAUAAAGAAGCAGCAGAAAAAGAAGAUUAUGUAACUAGUUGCCUUGAUAAUUUUGUUUUUUUUUUUUGUUUGUUUUUUUUAGACUUUACCAUCUUCAUUUGGAGAGCACAGGACAGUGGACAGAGCAGGAAACAAGGAGAGAGGGAGAGCAUACAAGCUAGAUGCAAACCCUGACAGACCUCUCAAAGCAUAACCUCUGUAUAUAGGCCGCGCGUGUAGAUCAGUAAGCCAACGGUGCCCCAGCAUACUAGCUUUUACCACAGUGUGGCUACAACUGCAACACAAAUCAUGUUGAAGGAGAUGACAGAUAAAAGUGAGGUACUCUACCCACACAUAGAAACAGUUUCCCUUACAUCUACCUUUUGUAGAUUUUGUCAAAAAGAGGGCAGAGAAGUUUCUAUCACGGGGUUGGUGACAUGGGAUAAAAUUUAACUUUGAACAUUAUUAGAAAUGGAUGAUGACACCCAAGUUAGUCAGUUGUGUUGAUUAGUUAAGUGUAUGAAGUGUGUCUCACUCCACCCUAAUUUUGCCUUUUUUUUAUUUUACCGACAGAGUUCUAGUUAGAUUUUUUUUCACAAUAAUGUCAUUGUCUUGGUUUAUUUUGGCUACAGUGACCAUGAGGUAAAAACCAGACUUUGUCAUAAUUGUGUCUUAAUAAUAAAAUGUAUCACUCACCGUGAGAAUUUGCUGUGUUAAAGGUAAAUACGGCAGUUUCUUUGGUGUUUUUCGGCUGUGUAAUCUUGUUUUCCCCUCGCUGCUGUUGCAGGCAUAAAACAUUGCUUUGGUAAAAUAGUCAACUUUGACAUUGUUAUUUUUGUGUGUUUCAAAAGUAAGAACGGCUAUUGAUUUUAAUUUGCUUAAUAACCAUAACCAGACAAUUUUUAAAUCUAAUUCUUCUAAGAACUUCAUCUCUUGGCUUUUAUGCAAUAGUACAACAGCACAUAAACACUUAAAUUGUUGGGGUUUUGUUGCACGCACACUUUGUUUUGCUAUUAUAACACAAAGGAAGCCAUGCCCAGGGAAGUAAGCUGUUUCAAAAAGAUGCCAGAGUGUUUGAUUAUCAGCUCCUUCCCUUUUCCUGUCAUGGACAUGAGCUACCCAGUGAUCAAAAACAUUUGUCACUUGUUGUUUGGUAAUAUGAGAUCAGGCUAAUCAAUAAAGUGGUACAAGAACUUAUGAAAAUGUGAUAAUUCAGAGUCUACAAUAUACCAUAUCUCAAAUAAUUGAGCUUUAGUUUAUCAGGGAAAAGGUUUUGUACACACAAAAGCCUCAACACUGAUCACCAAAGUGUCAGAUAGCAAAAUUGCCACACUUUUUUAAAUGGUUGACUGUUUCUCAGAAGGUGUGAAGUUUGCAAAGAAGGUAUUGAAUCCAGACUGAGGCAGCGCUUGUAUGAAUUAGAAAUGUGGUUAAAUAAUUCAGGUGGUGACACAGGGGACUGAUGGUAAAUGCUUCCACGCGGAAGACUCAGAGAACCAACAGAGUAACCUUCCCCUAAGCACAUACAAAAUUUAUCACACUGGGCUGGCGCACAUGGAGCCGCCAUGACUUAUCUUAAACAAUGGCUAAUGCAAAUAUCCAUUAUCUGAAUUUUUAAGCAGGGUGAGGCUUGAACUAGAUCAUGUAAUGUCAAGCAGAUGUGAAAUAAUCAUAUGUUUCUUGAGAUCAAAAGAGUUCACACACAGAGGAAGAAUUCAGAUCAGUUUUUGUUAUCUUCAUGUCCUGGUUUUCACUAAUGUGAUUUAUUCCACCCUCAGCUCUGCAAGCGUAUCAGCAUAUUUUACCUUGGGGAGCACUGUCUGGCAAGUAAAUGAAGCAAAACUCAUAAAAAAGCAAUGUGAUAUGGAAGAGAGAGGAAAAACAUUAGACAUGAUGUUCCUUAGCUGCAUGAAAUAGGCUUUUAAAAAAGAUAAAUGCACCCCCUUUAUCCCUGAUCAUCUCCUGCUGCAGAUCGUUGGAUAUGCUGUUCAGAAAGUUGAAAAGUAGAAAUAAACAUGUAACUGUUUGUCUCUGCCCUCACUGGCACAAACAUGGAGGCGUAGUUGUCAUCUGAUCUGCAUCGUCAUUACUGAUAUCAUGCUCCUCAACAGCCACCCCUAAUUCCACCAUGCCAUGCUACCUCAUGUGGGCGAGGAGACAUCUGUUGCCAUGGUUUCCCCCUGUGAAUGCCAAGCGAAUCAAUAUGGCGCCACUGACAUAAUUGGAUUGUAUCCUGCCGUUACAAGAGUGGAGUUCUGGAGGUCGCUGCAUGUGUUUGUAUAUGUGUGUGUACGUGUGUGUGUGUGUGUGUGAACUGGCUGAUAUCCUGUCAUAAUCUCCCUGUACAUAUUAGGCAUUACCAUCUAGGUAAUGAGGCUGGUUAAUCAGGCACAUGGUUCAAAUAAUGAGUGCUCAUUUCCUCUUUGCAUCUCUUGAUUUUACUGUGCACUGUACUAAAAUAAAUCCAUCUCUGUGAUAUAGGGCAGUAUCUGGUUUUAUUUAGAUACGAUUGCAUAGUUAUCAAGUGACUAGAAGAAUGUGUGUGUAAAUACAAAUAAAGAUACACACACACACAUACACACACACACACACACACACACACACACACACACACACACACACACACACGUAAAAACAGAAAUUCUGAGCUGGUCUCCUGGAUGUAUCCAUGAUAUCAGAACAAUCUCUGCCCCACUCCUUAGCCUUAAAACUUUACAAUUUCUUCCAGCACUAUUUUAUUACUUUAUUGCAGAUUUUCAGAAUUACUACUCUGGUGCCUCCUUCUCUUUACUUCCGUCUUAUUUUACAAAUCUUAAUCUCUUACUUUUACAACUUCUAAAUUGUAAAUUUAUCCGUCUGGCCGCCGUAUGCUCAAUGUGAUCAAGUUGUUUCCCUUGUCAGGGGUGCCACAUGCCUGCAAACGCCCUCGAAUGACACAAACAGACAUGAUAUGUUAGACAUAAUCUUAUCACCAUGGUGAAACACCAGUGUGUACGCUGCACAGCUGAUACUGCAGUCAGGCGAUGACACAUGAGGGCUUCUGUGCCAAAAAUUGCAGCUGUGAGGGGAAGCUACUUGCUGCCCACCCACUCCAUUUAAAAGCCUCUGUAUUCUCUCCUACAUGAUGGAAACCCCACCACAGAUACCUCUGAGCUGCUCCUCUUCAGUGCAAGUGUGUGUGCGAGUGUAUGAGGCAGCCCUUCCCUACCUCACAGUCGAACAGCAGGUGCAGCUGCCCGUCGAUCCACUCCUCAAUAUCCAGCCUCCUCUGCAGGUCCUUGCGGUCGUAUUUGACUGUCAGCUUGCCCAGCUUACGGUGUGGCGGCUCCUGUGUUUUGUCCACUGCCUGGAACAUCACCCUGGACUGGGUGCUGGGCUCUGACGCCAUGGCUGCCACGGCCCUCAGGAGAACCGUGGAAACACACUCACACACACUGAGACUCACACACACAUAAACACUCACACACACAGACAGUCCUACAGGCUCUUCUUUUCUCUCUCUAUCUCUGCUGCUGCUGCUCCCUCACGUAUCUCCUGUUAUCUUGUUUAGUGUUCAGGCUCUCCCUCUCUAUAAUGCUGCCUCUGGUUCUCUCCCUGUCCUCUCUCUCCUUCUCUCUCUCUCUCUUCCUCUGUCUUGCUCUCCCUUCCCUCCUCCUCUUGCAACACCCACUGGCUGCACUAUCAGGAGGAUGGUAAUGAGAUAUGCCUCUGUGCGUGCGCGUGUCAGUUUGUGCAUUCUUUCUUGUGUGUGCACAUGCAACUCAUAGGGUGUGUGAUUGCUUUUUGCUCUCUUACUUUAUGUAAUAGCAGGUGAGGGAGGAGCAGAGGUCAAUUACAGCUAUAAAAAGUGGAGACAGGGUGAGAGGGCAAAUGAAGCAAGCAAAUCAGGAGUUAUGGCAUCAAACAAAGAAAAUGUGUAAUUUUUUUCUGUAUAUUCCAAAUUGUGAUGUUUUUGUGCAUGUAAAUCAGUCUACUCAAAACAAAUAUAUAUGUAUUUUUUGCACAUUUUCCCUUAGUAGAACAUUUCAAGGGUUCGUUGGCUAACAAAGUCAUGACCAUUUGACAUACUAAGGGAUCCUCUGUUCACAGACAUGUCCAAUAAUAGCCGGGUCCCCCCUGCCAGGUGAGCCAGGGUUCCUCGAGUGUUGUAGCUGCCCUGUCCUUUCUACCAGCUAUUAUCAGGUGCAAGUUCAAUAAGCCUUGAAGUCCAAUUGGCCUCAGUUACGCACCUAUGAAUAAUGGAUAAGCAGGAGAGCACCAUUUAUGUCUGUUUAGAAGUUAAAUGUCAAAUGAAAGUCCCAAAAUUGUUAAUGUUUGGGAAGUCUCAUAUCAACAGCUGCGCAUAACUCGAAGUCAAAAAUGCAUAGCUGUACAUCCCGGCACCAGAUUAUUGCAGUUGAGACAGCAAACACAACAGGCUGCAGAGUUUCCACAGAUCCUAUUACCAUAUGAAUAAUGGGGUUCACUUUUUUGUUUUGGCAGGGACUAUCAAUCAGCCUUUGCUGCGCUGUGUUCACCCACUGAUGCACCGUCUGUUACAAACACUGAAUUAUUAAGAGCCUCCAGCGACUCACCUUUCCAGGCACACAAAUUCAUUCAUUCCCUCCUAUGUGGCUCAGUUCUGCACCACCGGCUUGUCUAAAGAGAAGGCAGGGGCCAGAGUAAGGCCUUCUCACCUCGGGCUGGGACAGGUGAUGAUUUCUAGGUAGGAGAACAGGAAAGCAGAGAUGGUGAACAAGUUGGAUAUUUUGUUUUUAACUUCAUGGCUGUUGAAAUUAUGUAAAACCUCACUGUCAAGAAUUUAUGCAUAACACUUUUGUUUUUCAAAACUCAGUCGACGAAAUAAUGAUUCAGUCUAUGUCACUCAACAAUCCAUCUGCAUUUCUUAAUUUUAGUAACCACUUCCUCUUACUCCUACUCUAAGUUUUUUGUGAUCUUCAAAGGUGGUUUAAUGACUCAUCACAUAUUGGUGAAGUGAAUGACUCGGUGCCUGAGUCAUCUCAGUAUCACUACAAUUGCGAAAAAGGGGAAACAUUGGAAGUCCUAAUAGUUUUGAAUAUAGGUCAUGUUGACAAUUUUGUUAGAAGGAGUCGGAAUCAUCCAAAAAUAAAAAUGUCUUUGUUUUGAUGGUGCUUUGAGAAAAAUUCAUCAGCAGUUCACUGUUACUCAGUAGAUGUGAUCACACUGCCACCUCGUGGACAGGAAGAGGGGAAGCUGCAGUAAAUUAUGCAAGAAGAUAUAUGACCUUCUUUUGGCUCUGUCUCAGCUGUGAAAUCCUGAAUUUAAAAAUAGUUAUAAAGAUUUACUGACUUGCUACAUCUGCCAUUUUACCAUCAGUUUUGUGUUUCUUAGCAAUUUGCUUUUCUGUUUCACAACAUUUAAGUAUUUUUUUGUGACACCACACACACGAAAUGGCUUAAUCAUAAACAGAUGAAGUAGAUGCUCAUUGUUGACGUUGGGAAAUCAUUUCCAGUUGGUCAAGAAAAUAACCUCAAUUUAAGUAGGCCACAAAUGGAAAAAUUUGCCAAAUCUUUGCACCUGACACAAGGUAGACCACCACCAAGGCAGUCGUAUGGAAAUGGUCAUAAAAAAGGUUAAAUAACCAAAAACAGAACCACUCUCUCUACUUGUCACACUCAUGAAAAUAAAAAGAUUACAAUAUGUUAAAAAUGAAACACUCUUUAUAAAAAAAGAUAAAUCAAUAAACAGUGAUCCCUUUCAUGGUGUUUGAAAGCAAACAUGACCACCAGCAACAACAUUGAAGACUGUAAUAUCCAAGCAGCAAGAAAGUGUCUAUUUUUUACAAUUUUCACAUAAAAUAUCAUUCAGUAGGAUAAGAUUUUUAGUCUGAAGUC